AUGGGUGCUUGUUUUUCUUGCAGAUCGUCAGCAGCGUUCAAGAGCAUAAGAGUGGUUCACUUCAAUGGUUUUGUGGAGGACUUCGAAAACCCAGUUUCAGUUAGCCAAGUCACUGGAAAGCCUCCAAAGCACUUCGUAUGCACCCCAGCUCAGCUUCUAUCCACUGCCACUGCCUCCAACUAUCUAAAACCUGACACCCAACUUGAACCAGGCAAACUCUAUUUCUUGCUGCCAUACUCAACGUUGCAAGCUGAGAUUUCCCCACUGGACCUGGCCUCCAUAGCCAAGAGGCUAAUCAAGGUAGCAAAAACUAACCGUUCCCAGGCGAAGUCUUCCAGAGCUAGUCCCUCGAUAAGUCCAUACGGCUCGAGUCCUGUACUGAAUUCACCAUCUAGAAGUCCUAACCGGUUUGGGGAGCCAGAGGUGAGCAUGGUGGCACUAGGUGCUACACAAAGGUCCUCUAGAGCGCGGUCUUGGAAGCCAAUAUUGGACCCCAUUAGAGAGAGGUCGUUCAAUCGUACAAGUGAGUCAGAUUUGCAAGAAAAGCAUUCAGAUACAGGGAAAUAA